AAGUCAUUGAGAUUUAUAUUCGAAUCAUUAUUAAUUUCAUCAAAAUAUAAAGAAUAAAGAAACCGAAAUAAUAGACCGAUUUCUCAGUAGAUGCGAUUAAUAACGGUCCCAUAGAAUCUGGAUGAUUGAAAGUAAGAUUUUAAAAUUUGUAUAUUAUAUGUGCUUGCACACAUUCUUUGGAUCAAUAUAAAAGUGUUAGAUUUAUCGGCGAAAGACAGCAUUUGUUUAUUCGCCAUGACGGUGAUCACAUUAAUCUAUUUCUUCUGUGGGAUAUGCGUUGCCAGCAGUGUGGGCACGGUGUCUUCGAAGAACACUGAGCAAGAAACGGGACGAUUCGUUGCCACUAUUCAGUCUCCGGUUCCAGCGCCACCCUCACCACCAAAUGUAGUAUACAAACUACCAUCACCAUACUAUCCGCAUCCGCAUCCGCAACAUCAAUGUUUUUGUCCGCCGGGUCCUCCAGGACCACCGGGUGUGCCGGGACCACCAGGUCCUUCAGGGUCGCCGGGAAGACCAGGUUACCCUGGUAUAAAGGGAGACAAAGGGUCAAAGGGAGAUAAAGGUCACUUUGGGUUACCAGGACAUCGCGGUCCAGUUGGGCCGCCAGGUUAUCCUGGUGACAAGCACUGGCCGGCACCUCCACCUCUGUAUCCACAUCAACCUCCUAUAAUAAUACCCAUUCCUAUUCCACCGCCGCACAAGGGAAAGCAUCAUAAAGAUUAUAAAAGUGUCCACACAGUAGUUCCAGGAUUUCCCGGGCUUCCCGGCCAUCCGGGUCGCCCCGGGUAUCCGGGCUAUCCAGGACAUCACCGGGGACCCCUACGAGAUCAACCCACAGACAAUUCUAUAGAUAAUGAAUUAAAUACAUUUGAAAGUUUAAGUGAUGACCAUACUGAUGACCAAAACAAUAUCAACGAUAUCAACGAAUCACUGGUCUAUCUAACACAAACUUUGUUUGACGAAGGUGAAUCCGGUAAUUAUCAGGCUAGUACACCUCUGAGCAUCAAAGACAGUUCUGAAGCCGACAAGCCCAACACAAACGAACAGGGUGUUGAAGAACAACAACCAGUAAUCAAUAGCCAGUCCGAGGAGAAUAACGAUGUUGAAGAACGCAGUUCGAAAGGUCCACUUAUUUUAGCAAUAUCCACUCCUCGAAAUCCACUCCAAAUAUAUGCAUACGAUAAAAGUAAAUAAAAA